CCUCCGCGGCCGAGUGCAGUCACGUGAGCCGGGCUGCGGUGCCCCGGUCCGCGCCGUCAUGGUGGCCCCGAUGUACGGCUCCCCCGGCGGCCGCCUGGCCCGGGCGCUGACGCGGGCCCUGGCGCUGGCCCUGGUGCUGGCCCUGCUGGUCGGGCUGUUCCUGAGCGGCCUGACGGGCGCGAUCCCGAUCUCGGGGCGCCAGUGGGGGCCCGACGGGCCGGUCCCACCCGCCUCCCGCAGCCGCUCGGUGCUCCUGGACGCCGAGACCGGCCAGCUCCGACUGGUGGAUGGCCGCCACCCUGACGCCGUGGCCUGGGCCAACCUCACCAACGCCAUCCGCGAGACCGGAUGGGCCUUUCUGGAGCUGCGCACGAACGGCCGCUAUAACGACAGCCUGCAGGCCUACGCGGCGGGCGUGGUGGAGGCCGCCGUGUCUGAGGAGCUCAUCUAUAUGCACUGGGUGAACACGGUGGUGAAUUACUGUGGCCCCUUCGAGUACGAAGUCGGUUACUGCGAGAAGCUCAAGAACUUCCUGGAGACCAACCUGGAGUGGAUGCAGGAGCAGAUGCAGCGGAACAAGGGCUCCGCUUAUUGGCAUCAGGUGCGGCUGACCCUCCUGCAGCUGAAGGGUCUGGAGGACAGCUAUGAAAGCAGUGUGACCUUUCCGACUGGGAGGUUCACCAUCAAACCCUUGGGGUUCCUCCUGUUGCAGCUUGCUGGGGACCUGGGAGACCUAGAGCCAGCCCUGAACAAGACCAAGAGCAAGCACGUCAUGGGCUCUGGUUCGUGCUCCGCCCUCAUCAAGCUGUUGCCUGGCCAGAGUGACCUCCUGAUCGCCCACAACACCUGGAGCUCCUACCAGAACAUGCUGCGCAUCAUCAAGAAGUAUUGGUUCCAGUUCCGGGAAGACCCCCAAGUGAACUCUCCGCUGGCUCCUGGCAACAAGCUGGUCUUCUCAUCCUACCCUGGCACCCUCUUCUCCUGUGACGACUUCUACAUCGUGGGCAGCGGGCUGGUGACACUGGAGACCACCAUUGGCAACAGGAACCCGGCCCUGUGGAAGUACGUGCAGCCCAAGGACUCUGUGCUGGAGUGGGUCCGCAAUGUCGUGGCCAACCGCUUGGCCCUGGACGGGGACGCCUGGGCGGACAUCUUCCAGAAGUUCAACAGUGGCACGUACAACAACCAGUGGAUGAUUGUGGACUACAAGGCGUUUGUCCCCGGCGGGCCCAGCCCUCGGAGCAGGGUGCUCACCGUCCUGGAGCAGAUCCCGGGCAUGGUGGUGGUGGCCGAUAAGACCUCGGAACUCUACCAGAAGACCUACUGGGCCAGCUACAACAUCCCGUACUUUGAGAGCGUGUUCAACGCCAGCGGGAUGCAGGCCCUCGUGGCCCAGUACGGGGACUGGUUCUCCUAUGACAGGAGCCCCCGGGCCCAGAUCUUCGGGCGGAACCAGUCGCUGGUGCACGACUUGGACUCCAUGAUCCGGCUUAUGCGGUACAACGACUUCCUGCACGACCCACUGUCACUGUGCAAAGCGUGCAGCCCGCAGGCCAACGCAGAGAAUGCCAUCUCGGCCCGCUCCGACCUGAACCCGGCCAACGGCUCCUACCCUUUCCAGGCCCUGCAGCAGCGCUCCCACGGGGGCAUAGAUGUGAAGGUGACCAGCAUGGCCCUGGCCAAGGCCUUUCAGCUUGUGGCGGCCAGUGGCCCCACGUGGGACCAGCUGCCCCCGUUCCAGUGGAGCUCCUCGCCCUUCAGCGGCCUGCUGCACAUGGGCCAGCCCGACCUCUGGAAGUUCUCGCCCAUCGAGGUGCGGUGGGACUGAGCCUCCGUCUCGGCCCCACUGACCCCCGCGGGGCCACCACGGGCCACUGCCCCUACCUCCCACCCGCCCGCUCCGUGGACUUUGUCACCUGCUGUGCCCAGAUCUGGGACCCGGGUCUGCCAGGGUUACUCUCAUCUGGGUCGUCUCCUAGGUGGGACACGGGGCCCGCCAGGGCCCAGCACUGACUCGUUCGCUCCCCGUAAGUGGGCGAGUGCCGCCCUUGUCCCCUGCCUCUGCACCUCUCUCUCUGCCCCGUCUGCUUCUCUCUCUCCCCCGGCCUGGGGCCCUGUCCUCAUGCUGCCCUCUCCUCAGGGCUUGGGAGGGGUCCUCGGAUGGGGUUCGGGGCCCCUGCUGGGGCAGUGGGGGACUGUCUGGGUCCCUGCCUCCCAGUGUCAUUCCUGCCAGUGGCUCUGGAGCUUGUGGGGUUUCGGCCCCGAGACCUGGGCGUUGCCUCUGGUUGGCAUCCGUCCUGCCACCUCCCGCCCCUGCCCCCCUUGGGAAGCAGCCCCCUGGUUUCCCUCCUGGGCGGCUUCCCUGAGGACAGAAACUUGAAAACAAACAAAAACCAAAGUUUCUGGUGA